AUGGCGGACGGGAAUGGCAACGCCGCACCUGGGAGCGAUGAUCAGAGGUCCGGCGAUACUGGACCACAGUCGCAUUUGCCUGACAACUCGGUCGAAUACUGCAUGUUCCUGCUUGAAGGACAGGUCGACGCACGCAGGACCCUGUCCAACCUGGAGUCUUUACGGAAGAGCGCCCUCGAACUCGCACAAACUUUGACGGCAGACUACAUCUGGCAGCGCGAUGACUUCAAUCUUGAGCUCAAAAUAACAGAUGGUCUGCGCUAUCUCUACGGUGUCACGGAAUAUGGUGAUGCCGUUGAGGAUGAAUGGCUAGUGGUUUACAUCCUGCGAGAGUUGACCAGGCUUCACCCAACACUUUGGGCUCGAGCUGCCGACACCGACGGAGAGUUCCUUCUGAUUGAGGCUGCCAACGUGUUGCCACCGUGGCUCGGCCCAGAAAUGGACCAGAAUCGGGUGUGGAUGCACAAAUCAAAUCUUCUCGUCAUCCCGACCGAGGACAAGCGCAGCGGCUCGUCGUCUUCGGGGAGUCUCCCGCUCCCCCAAGCGGUUGACUACAUCACAAGCAAGCCCGACUCUCUGGUGCAAUCGCCUUUCAUCGAGGCCGAGGCUUUCUAUCGACUGGAGAAAUACCCAAGGCAGAUUUCUCAGUCCGCCCAUCAUUCCAUUAUCACCAUCCCGCGCAGGGUUGCCUACAUCCUCCACGAGAUGCCAAGAUCGAUUGCGCCUGCCGUGGAGGCUUUCUAUCACCGCGACGCCAUUGACCUGCGGUCGGUCAUGGCAGCCCCAGAAACGCGGCGCUUCAAACCCGACGACAUGGUUACGGUCAGCGUGCGGUUCAGCAGAGUUCUCUUCGCGCAGCUCAAAUCGCAGCGCUUCGAGCCCCCACCUGGUUGGCAGCAUGCCGUUGGAGCCGUGGCCGAUAAUGAAAGAAGCAUGGCUAGGUUAGACAUGGGAAUGAAACUCACCUGUGGCUUCGAGAUCCUCGCUCGCGAUGCGGAGAAGAACGGAAGUCGCAGCGUGCGCCAGGUGGGGCUUCUGCUCGACGAUCUUGAAGAGGACGGCGACGCUACACUGCCACAAGACAAGGAAAUUGAGUCGUGGCACGACAAUGAGCGCGAAGACGACGACUCCUGGAUGGAUAUAAAUUACGAGGAUUUCGAGCGCGAGCUAAGCGGCCAACGAAAAGACGCAGUUCCUGGAGCCACAGACACCGGGUUUGGCAGCGCUCAGACCAAGGCAGACCUGAGAAAGAUUGUUUCGCGGUUCGAAUCUUUCCUAAAUGACGAACGAGCUGGUUUGGAUGGCGCGGAAAUUGAUGACGUGGAUGACUCGCGCGACGAAGACGGGGACGACGACGACGACGAGCUGAGUGAGGAGGACAGUGAGUUCGAAGACAAGGAGGUUGGUUUCGACGAGGAGGCAUUUUCAAAUAUCAUGCGGGAAAUGAUGGGAAUGCCCGCCAAUGUUGCCCGGCCGGCCAAUGCAGGCGAUUCCUCAAAGACUGUGAGCCAGCCUCCGUCUGGCUCGACAGCAGGUGCUGGCGAAGGCGAGCUCGGCAUUGAGGAGCUGUCGGCGCAGAUGGAGGCCGAACUGAGGGGGCAUGGAGCGCUGAGGCUCGACACAAACACCGACAAGCGCAUCACCACCGGCGGCAAAGGCAAGGAUGUCGACGGCGGCGAUCAUGAGCCUGACCAGGAAGCGAGCGAGGACAGCGACGGAGAGAUCGACGUGGACUACAACCUGGCACGAAACCUGCUGGAGAGCUUCAAGGGCCAGGCUGGAGCCUCCGGGCCAGCCGGCAACAUCAUGGGCUUGAUGGGCCUCCAACUUCCCAGGGACGAAGGCGACUUUGACGACCAAAGAUAG